UGUUUAAAUUAGUUGGCUGUAUUUAUAGCAUAUUACCAUAUGACACUAGAAAUAGAUUCCAUAAUUACACAUGCCUCUUUUGCAAUUGGUCGAGGAAGAGACAAGCAAAGAAAUACAACUGGAUGAAGUAAAGAUCGGUCAUCUACUCCCAACCCGCAGCGGACAUAAGAAGCACUCCAGACGACUCAACGUUCUCCUGGUUGCUUCAUUUCACUUUGUAUUUGGAUUCAAAGAGUGACGUUAAAAUGAGCGGUGUGGUCAUCCAGAAUAUGUCCUUCAAGGUGGGACAGACUCUGACUGUUACAGGAGUCCCCACUGCUGAUUCGACAAAUUUUGCAAUCAACAUUGGUCACAGUCCUGAUGACAUCGCUCUUCACAUGAACCCUCGUUUCGACAUCAAUGGCGACCAGCGAACUGUAGUAUGCAAUUCUUACCAGGGCGGCAACUGGUGUGAGGAGCAAAGAGAUGGCAGCUUUCCAUUCAAUAAGAAUGAGGAGUUCAAGGUAAAAAUCACAUUCACUAAUGAGGAAUUCAAGAUUACCCUUUCUGAUGGUUCUGAUAUUCACUUCCCUAACCGUCUUGGUGCUGAGAAAUACAAGUUCAUGCAGUUUAAGGGUGAGGUCAGGAUUUGUGGAAUUGAAAUAAAGUAGACCUUUCAGAACUAGGUUAAAAGGCUCCCUGUUGUUUCUUAAGGGCUGAUUUAAUCUCUGCCUUAUUUUGCCACUUAUCCAGCUCUGUUAUUCCACAACUUUCACUUACUGUUUAUAGAGGCUGUAUUCUCCCUAUCUCUUAGUUAUUUGUAUGCCAAUUCAGCACAAGAAUCUUGAUGUGGUAUUGCCUCUCAACCACUAGAGGGAGCAAACUACAGUAAAUUGCCAUUUGCUUGAUAGGUACUAAACCAUUAUCAGAGGUGGUUGACAUUUUCCAACCUAUAGGUUAUUUAUAUGUUUAUUUUUCCUACGGUUUUCCUACAACUUCAUGCUAUAUUACUCCUGUUUUGUAACUAAAAGGAAUUUACAAGCUUAUAAUUGUUGGCAGAUAAACAUAUGUAUUUACAAAUAAACUAAGACCCAAUUGUC